ACCCUCCAGCAUGUUCCCCAGUCAAUACACCCCAUUGUUUCCAUAGCCACGAAAUGUGGGCAGUGUGGACCUGGCUACCCUUCCCCUCUGGAGGCCAUGAAAGGACCCCGGGAGAAGAUUGUCUACCUGCCCUGUAUUUACCGAAACACUGGCAUUGAAGCCCCGGACUAUCUGGCCACCGUGGACGUUGACCCCAAGUCUCCCCAGUAUUGCCAGGUCGUCCACCGGCUGCCCAUGCCCAACCUGAAGGACGAGCUGCAUCACUCGGGAUGGAACACCUGCAGCAGUUGCUUUGGCGACAGCACCAAGUCACGCACCAAGCUGGUGCUGCCCAGCCUCAUCUCCUCUCGCGUCUACGUGGUGGAUGUGGGCUCCGAGCCCCGGGCCCCAAAGCUGCACAAGGUCAUCGAACCCAAGGACAUCCAUGCCAAGUGUGGCCUGGGCUAUCUCCAUACUAGUCACUGUCUGGCCAAUGGAGAGGUGAUGAUCAGCUCCCUGGGAGACCCCAAGGGCAAUGCCAAAGGGGGUUUUGUGCUACUGGAUGGAGAGACAUUUGAGGUGAAGGGGACAUGGGAACAGCCUGGGGGUGCUGCACCAAUGGGCUAUGACUUCUGGUACCAGCCUCGACACAACGUCAUGAUCAGCACGGAAUGGGCGGCUCCCAAUGUCUUACGAGAUGGCUUCAACCCCGCAGAUGUGGAGGCCGGGCUGUACGGGAGCCACUUGCAUGUGUGGGACUGGCAGCGCCAUGAGAUGGUACAGACUCUACCCCUGCAAGAUGGGCUCAUCCCCCUGGAGAUCCGCUUCCUGCACAACCCAGAUGCUUCCCAGGGGUUUGUGGGCUGUGCCCUCAGCUCCAACAUCCAGCGCUUCUACAAGAAUGAGGGAGGUACUUGGUCUGUAGAAAAGGUAAUCCAGGUGGCCCCCAAGAAAGUGAAGGGCUGGAUACUGCCUGAAAUGCCAGGCCUGAUCACCGACAUCCUGGUGUCCCUGGAUGACCGCUUCCUGUACUUCAGCAACUGGCUGCAUGGGGACCUGCGGCAGUAUGACAUCUCGAACCCAAAGAAGCCCCGUCUCACAGGACAGGUGUUCCUGGGGGGCAGCGUUGUUAAGGGAGGUCCCGUGCAAGUGCUGGAGGACCAGGAACUGGAAUGCCAGCCAGAGCCCCUGGUGGUCAAGGGGAAGCGUGUGCCUGGAGGCCCCCAGAUGAUCCAGCUUAGCCUAGAUGGGAAGCGUCUCUAUGUCACCACAUCACUGUACAGUGCCUGGGACAAGCAGUUUUACCCAGAUCUCAUCAGAGAAGGCUCCGUGAUGCUGCAAAUUGAUGUAAACACAGUAGAGGGAGGGCUGAAAUUGAACCCCAACUUCCUGGUGGACUUUGGGAAGGAGCCUCUUGGCCCAGUCCUGGCCCAUGAACUCCGCUAUCCUGGGGGAGACUGCAGCUCUGACAUCUGGAUCUGA